CCCGCCUUCGCCAUGGCAAUGGGCUAUUACUGGGCCUCAAUCGCUCUUUGUGCUCUCGUCUUAAUACUUGCGCUGGACAUCAUGGGCAUCUUCUCGGGGAAGAACCACUUCGACGUGAACGGCCGGACGGUGGUCAUCACAGGCGGCUCGCAAGGCAUGGGAAGAGGCUUGGGCAAGCUUCUAGCUCAGAAAGGUGCCAACGUCGUCAUCGUUGCAAGGACACAGAAGAAGCUUGAUGAAGCCUUAGAGUACAUAUCGGCAGCCGCGAAAAAUGGCGAACGUCAGCGUUUCCUCGCUAUCAGCGCAGAUGUGUCCAAGCCCGAAGAAAACCAACGCAUCGUACAAGAAGUCACUGCCUGGAAUAAUGGCAAUGCUCCGGAUGUCGUUUGGGCAAAUGCCGGCAUGGCGCAACCCAUGCUUCUCCUCGAUGCUUCUGUCGAGCUCCUGAAGCAGCAAAUGGAUGUGAACUACUUCGCCGCAGCAUAUCUCGCCCAGUCAAUUCUCAAAGAGUGGGUCAAACCAGCUGGCACCAAGGGCAACAGCGCGUCAAGUCAGAAGCCGAGACAUUUCAUCAUCACUUCAAGUGUCGCUUGCUUCACUGGUCUCGCUGGCUAUGCGCCCUAUGCGCCGCCCAAGUCGGCCUCACGUUCGCUGGCUGACACGCUCCGCUCUGAGAUGAAUCUGUACAAUGGUGCUCGGAAAGGAGACCCCGUCAAUGGCCCGGCUGCUGAGAUCAAGAUUCACUGUGUAUGCCCUGGGUCAAUCACAUCACCUGGAUACGAGAAUGAACAGAAGACCAAGCACCCAGCUACGAAGAUCCUUGAAGAGGGAGACAUGGUUCAGGACGAGGACCAAGUAGCUGCGGCUGCAGUGCGUGGUCUGGAGUCAGGAGGCUAUCUCAUCACGACUCAACUGCUUGCCCAUGCGAUGCGAGCGGGCACUCUCGGAGGCUCUCCGCGUAACAACUGGUUUGUGGACACAGUGUUCAGCUGGGUGGUAGCCGUAGCGUGGCUGUUCAUUGGACCUGAUAUGGAGGGAAAAGUGUUCAAUUAUGGCAAGAAACAUGGAAUUGCGAGCUCGUAAGUAAACAGUAAGCUCUUGUGGGACAGUCAGGCUGGAGUCAGAGCCGUCUUCAAUGACUUUACAAUACCAGACCAAAGUAAGUCCGGAGAGACACGUCAAGAAGUAACAGAAGUCCAGGACUACGUGAAGCAGAAGUUGUUGCAACGGCGGUACACGUGGCCUGAGUUCCUGAAGUCGAGUGUCCGUGCUGUUUCAGCGGAAACUUCGCGAAACGCUCCGUGUACACACUCACAAAGCGACACUGCCGAUUUUGGACGUGAGAGCAGAAGUGAAGUUCUGGAAACGCGUUUGGGUCUUGGCGCACCCUUGGUGACAAUGAAGCGCGAUAUAAACGCAGCCAUUGCGCGCCCUUACUAACCUCAACAAUUUCAGAAACAACGACUCGCACAUUCAGCAUGCCUCGUCUCCGUCCUCCGGACUUUCCUCCGCCUCCUCCUGUCCACUGGGCUUAUAACCUAGGGAGCAUUAACGCAACAUACGACAAC